CCCUCUCUACACGCUCUGCAAUAACUUUGGGCUGCCAUUUCUUCUCUACUUGGUCCCCUUUCUUCUUCACCUCUCUCUCUCUCUCUCUAUCCCAAUUAUUCUUCUUAAAUUCUAUUCACAAGAAAGGCGCCACCAUCAAUCAAAAACCUUUAAACCAUCUCCUUUUCUUUCCACCCUUUAACCCUAGCUAUACUACUUCUUGCUAUCAAAAUCAACAUCUUCUAAAACAGUAAGUCAAUCUCCUCAAUUUUCCCAAUUUUCUAAAUUUUUGUUCUUCAAAAAGUUAUGUUAGAAACCCCAAAAAAGAGUAGUGACGAAAGUCAAUGUUAUCUCAAUUGCCCAAACAUAAUUAACCAACCGGAACUUUGCUAUUUUGAAACUGACAGAUAAAAUCCUACUAAUAAAAUGCAAAACCCCAUUUGACCUUAUCUCACUAUAUAUCUAGAGAGGGGAGAGAUAGGAACAAAGCUCUAUAGGGUUUUCCUUGCUAAAGCUUUGAAGAACAUGGUUGAAGAUUAACCAACACGUCUCUCAUUUGUUGUUAAGGAUUUCAGUAAGCUUAGUUGAUAUAGAAAAAGAUGUUUCAAUCAAAUAUGUUUGAGAGUCACCACCAUUUACUGGAAAUGAGGAAUGGAACCCCAGAAAAUGAGCUGGACCUUAUCCGAGACGACGGCUACGAGAACAAGUCCGGCACCAACCACAUGGAGGCGGCCUCUGGCGAUGACGAAGACCCCAACGACCACCCCAACAAGAAGAAGCGCUAUCACCGCCACACCCAGCUUCAGAUCCAGGAAAUGGAAUCGUUUUUCAAGGAGUUCCCUCAUCCAGAUGAUAAGCAGCGGAAGGAGCUCGGCCGUCGACUAGGGUUAGAGCCAUUGCAAGUUAAGUUUUGGUUUCAAAAUAAGCGAACUCAAAUGAAGUCACAACACGAGAGGCACGAGAAUACGCAUCUGAGGAACGAGAACGAGAAGCUGCGAGCGGAAAACAUUAGGUACAAGGAGGCUCUCCGCAACGCAGCAUGCCCGAGCUGUGGGGGGCCUGCCUCCGUUGGAGAGAUGCCGUUCGACGAGCAGCACUUGAGGAUCGAGAAUGUGCGCUUGAGGGAGGAGAUUGAUAGGAUUUCUGGGCUAGCUGCUAAGUAUGUAGGAAAGCCAAUGCAAUCAUACCCUCCGAUUUCAUCAGGAGCGUCUCGUUCGGUUGAUCUUGGCGUGAGCAGUUUUGGUACAACGACGGGCUUUUCUGGGGAGAUAUUCGGAGCUUCUGAUCUCCUGAGGUUGGUGUCUGGACCGUCCGAGGCUGAUAAGCCGAUGAUCAUCGAGCUAGCUGUGGCAGCCAUGGAGGAACUCCUCAGAAUGGCCCAAACUGGGGAGCCUUUAUGGCUUCCGAACAGCGAUGGCAUGGGACAUGUGUUGAAUGAAGACGAGUACGUGAGGAUGUUCCCACGAGGCAUUGGGCCGAAGCCGUUGGGAUUGAAGUCUGAAGCCUCGAGAGAGUCGGCUGUGGUGAUCAUGAACCACAUCAACUUGGUUGAGAUCCUCAUGGAUACAAACCAAUGGUCGAGUGUGUUUUCGAAUAUUGUUUCUAGAGCAGUGACUCUGGAGAUAUUGUCCACUGGGGUAGCAGGGAACUACAAUGGAGCUUUGCAAGUGAUGACUGCGGAGUUCCAAGUGCCUUCUCCGUUGGUCCCAACUCGAGAGACUCACUUCGUGAGAUAUUGCAAACAACACGGCGAUGGAACUUGGGCAGUGGUGGAUGUCUCUUUGGAUAACUUAAGACCUGCAACCAUAUCAAAAUGCAGGCGAAGGCCGUCUGGUUGUUUGAUCCAAGAAUUGCCCAAUGGCUACUCAAAGGUGACAUGGGUUGAACAUGUAGAGGUUGAUGAUAGAGCAGUGCAUAAUAUCUACAAACUGUUAGUGAAUUCCGGCCUUGCCUUUGGAGCCCGAAGAUGGGUGGCAAUACUAGACCGGCAAUGUGAGCGACUGGCUAGUGUGAUGGCAAGUAACAUUUCAUCUGGGGAUGUAGGAGUGAUAUCUUCUCCAAAGGGGAGAAAGAGCAUGUUGAAGCUUGCUGAGAGGAUGGUGAUGAGCUUCUGCACCGGCGUGGGCGCCUCGACUGCACACACGUGGACCACGCUCUCGGGGAGUGGAGCGGAUGAUGUGAGAGUGAUGACUAGGAAGAGCAUGGACGAUCCGGGGAGACCUCCAGGGAUUGUCCUCAGCGCUGCAACCUCGUUCUGGCUCCCUGUGCCCCCAAAACGAGUCUUCGAGUUCCUGCGCAACGAGAAUUCACGAAAUGAGUGGGAUAUUCUCUCAAAUGGUGGCCUUGUUCAAGAAAUGGCUCACAUUGCCAACGGCCGUGAUCCAGGAAACUCCGUCUCUCUCCUUCGCGUCAACAGCGCCAACUCGAGCCAGAGCAAUAUGCUGAUACUGCAGGAGAGCUGCAGCGACGCCACGGGCUCCUACGUGAUCUACGCUCCCGUGGACAUCAUAGCGAUGAACCUCGUGUUGAGCGGUGGAGAUCCCGACUACGUAGCCCUCCUGCCAUCUGGGUUCGCCAUACUACCUGACGGUGGCGAUCACCAAACCGGGGGAAUCACUGAAGUCGGCUCGUUGCUAACCGUCGCCUUCCAGAUAUUGGUCGAUUCCGUCCCCACCGCGAAGCUCUCUCUGGGCUCCGUCGCCACCGUCAACAGCCUCAUCAAAUGCACGGUUGAAAGGAUCAAAUCCGCUCUCCUAAAUGACGCUGCGUGACCAAAAACGUUGCUGAGAGAAGGGAAGAAGUCAAGAACGCACCUCAAAUUGAAUCCUUGCUGAUUAAUGAAGACGGCGAAAUUUGCAGGAUUUUUCAUUAAUCUGCAAGGGGGAUUGGUUCGGGUAUUGACUACAACCAUCAACCAGAAAUCGAGCGAACAACGACUCCUUUUCAUAUUGUUUGUCUUAACUCUAUCAUCUAAACAUUUUGUUAGUUAGUACCUUUGGAGUUCAGUUUUCAUUUAGUUUUUCUCUA